AACAUAUGCUAGCAUACCUAUUUAAUUUUAAAAUAUUUCAACUGUAAAUGUUCUUUAUGAAAUAGCAGCAAACCUACUUUGCCGUAUUUGCGUUAUUUUAUUUGCAUACAGCGUAUAAUUUAUCGUUUUUCCGAUAUGAUGAGAUUAGUUUUCGAUGGACAAUUUAUUCCCUGUACUAAAACGGGGAAAUCUUACUGUCAAUAUGGGUAUUGACCGAAGGAUAGUAAAUAUUUAACCUCCAUCACUUUACGUUCGAUUCACUGGCGUCAAUAUUUACUCACGAAAUCUUAACCAAGUUCAGCCAAGGUCUUUCCUGUUCAUUAUAUAGCAACAGUACCUACUCUAUCUAUAUGAGAAUACCUGGAUAAUUAUAUUAUUUAUUUUUAAUUCAUCUCUGAUGUUAAAGUUUUGUAGCCGAUACCGAUGUUAGAACGGUUUCAAACAUUCAAAAACUCGGGUGUACCCUUCAAUGUACCUAUUGAAUGUAUGUAUGUAUUUAUAUUUUCAGGAAAACUUACAGCUACUUUACAUUAAUAUUUAAAAUAAAUUUAAGUCCAGUGAAAGUAGGCUGACCUAUAAUUUAUUUUAUAUUGUCAGUAACAAAAAAAAUCCCAUCUACCGUCUUCUAAGUCUGACAAUAUUUUUCCCUCAAACACAAAAACAACAACUUUCUAAAUAAACUAACGCUUAAUAAAAAGUAACGUUCAAGUUAUAGCCUAUCUACAGGGUGCACAAAGAAUCUUAUGAAAUUUUCUUUACUACGGGGUGUUCCAUGGAUACCAUAUUAUUAUGUCAGCAAUGGCGGCUGGCACAGACUAUACAGGGUGUGUGUUGACAUCGAGGGCCGGCGCGGCGGUCGGCAUGUAGUGCAACUGUAGUAUGGCGGGCACAAUCAGACAUUUCUCCACUCAUCACCACGAGACUGAGAAUAAGCCUAGUGCUGAAGCGCUAAUAUCAGAGAUCAACGUGCAGCUAGCAUUAUUCCGCGACCAGCUGAUCCACUUCGGGCAGCCGCCGGACUGCCCCGAGCUGCGCGAGCGAGUGCGCCGCCUGCGCCGCGCCUGCGUGGAGGCCACCAAGCAGACCAGCCAGCUCGUGCUCGCAGCUUGUAAAAAGUCCACCGAGGGCGAGUGCCCGGAGCGCGCGCACCUCGUGCUGCUGUACUUCAUGGCGCAGCUGCUGCUGCGGGAGCUGGCCAAGUGCCACCGCCUCGUCACGCUCGUGCCCAUGGACAUGGCCUCUUAUUACGAGAACCGGGCGGGUCCGUCGAACUUCGGCAACGUGAUCAGCCAGAUCCUGCUGUGCAAGCAGAUCACGCCGGACUUCAACCAGGAGGAGCUGUGCAGCAUCGCCAAGGACUCGCAGGAGAUCAGCAGGAUAGUGGACGACAUACAGGAACUGCUGCCGCCGCAUGACAACUUGAAGGAUUUGGAGACCAACAUCGCGCUAAAGGGAGAAGACGUGAGCGGACUCUGGCGGAACAAGCGGCGAGGCUCUCUCUACAAGAGCAUGGGGGUUCUGUGUUGUAUGUCCCGGCCCAACUACCUCUGAGGGUGACAGCCCUCGCCCGGGCGACGCAACAGCUAGGACAUAGACCUGUGUGACGUGUGAGUGAGUGAAAACAAGUGAAACGAAGUGAUUCUAAUUGGCAGUGAGAAAAAGACUGUGAGAUUGACACUUGACAAAGAUCUGUUUAUUAGUUUAAUGUGGAAUUUGUGUGUUUUGAGGCAUUGGCUAGAAGACAUUGUUAUUAAUUUGGUUCUUUAAACUACAGGAUUGUGUAAAUAUCAAGCCAUGAGUGAUAUUAUGCCUUUUGUUAAAUUUUAUUUUCAAAAGAUCCACUGAAACUUGUAAAUAUACAUGGUAUAUAAACGUCACACACACAUACGAAUACAUUCAUGUAUAAUUCAGUGUGCUCAACGGUCAUGUAUGUACGUAGGCAUACUAGAAUAUUUAGCCAAAAAUAUAAAUGGGCACACCCAUUCCUAGAAAUUAAAAUAUAUUAUUCAUAGAAAGCGGCUGCGAGUGGGUAUGAGGCGGGUACAAUAUACCUGUGUACAUUAUGUACAAUGUAGGAAAUGAAAGGGUCCAUGUAAAGAUUAAUUUAUUAUUAAUUGUAGAUGUAGGUACUUUUAUGCACCGCUUAUAAUUGCUUAUUCAAAUAUACAUAAGUAAUAGUGUUUAUGUUAAGAAUCACUUAAAGACAUAUUUCACCCUUUGUACAAACAAGUGCCGCCGUCGCAUAAAGUUGGAAUAACUUUCAGGGUUUGGUCCUAUUUCCCACCGCUAUCAAUUUAAGAAAAUCCGUGGUUUAGAUAUUCUAACGAUAUAGUAGCUUUUGUUCACUUUUAGUUCGUACAUCUGUUAAUUUAAUAAGAUGUAAUGUAAAAAAUGCUUCGGUCUUACUUUCAGUUUCAGUCAAGUAGUAUGUAUCAGAUUAAUGCCGAGUUGCCCGAAGAAACUUUAAACUAAGACCGAUCUUAAAUCGAUUGCUGCCUUGCCUUGACAGUAUUCGGAUACGACAGCAUAGAUUUAAGGUUGACCUUAGUUUAAAGUUCCUUCGUGAAGUCAACCUAAAUAAAAUAGCAUUUUUGAACUUUCACUGUAAACAUAAUACAUACAAUAAUAGCGUAUCAACAGUAGUGCAAUUACUAAUUCUAAUAGAUUAAAAUAUUUAUAAAGCUAGGAAAAUAAUAGUUAUGUACCUAUACAAAUAUAAAUAAACUAAUUAUAAUUAUCUGCAUAGAGGGAUUAACACGAGAAUUGCCUGGACUGGGAACAAUUGAGUUUAAGUAGAUUUUAAUGAGCAUUUAGCUUUACCCUUGAAUUGUUUUUGCUGAGUGGGUAAACAAAAUCGAUACUUACUUACCUAUUUAGUUUUUCCCUACAAGAUAGUAUCACAAAUGCAAAGUUUUACAGAGGCGUUUUUAUUAUUUGUAGAAUGAAACUGUGCUAUUCACCGUUCGUAUCAAAGUAUUUACAACAUUGUGCUAUUAAAUGUGUUGCUGUGGGAUACUGAACUAUAAUGAAUUUCAAACACUUCUAAAAUUUUAUUAGUAGGAAACCUAUUAACAUAGCCAUGCUACUAUAAUUAGAAUCAUACUGGAAAUGGCUUUGUUCGGUUAAUUUCGUAUUUUUAAUAGCGGGACAACCAUUUUCAAAAUGGAUUUUGGUAGGUAUGCCUGUAUAUUUAAUUGUUUUUUUAUGUGUAAUAAAGUUUUGAGUAAUGCUGUUUCAUGAGCUAUAGAUAUUUCCGCACACCUACCGUACUGUCUAUGUUUAGCAACAGCCUGUAGGGGCUGCAUUUUUUUUAAUAAUGAGAUUAAUAUUAAUAUAACACUUUUAAAUACGAUAGAUUUUUGAUAUUUUAUUUUAAUCCGAAAUCAACCAAAUCUCUAUUACAAAUAAGUACUUAACUAUUUUAUUAGAAUACCUUUAUUCUAUUCAUAUAGCUGAAAUAAAAUAUAAAUCCUUUGUUUCAAAAUCUUAAUUAUUUUUAAGUGCGGCCUAGUCAAAAAAAGUUUUAAAAACCAAGUAUUCUAGUCAAUUAUAUUUAAAUAAAUCCUUGGGAUAUAGUCAAACCUAAUGUCAACAAUAUAAACUUAUUAUUAUUAUAAGUACUUACAUAUUUUCUAGUAAAUUUGCGUAAUUUUAAGGUACAAUUUUACUAAUAGACUCUACUAUUAAUAAAUCUCAGUAUUAUUGCGGUCGUAAGGAAAAAUAUGCAAUGUAAAUUAUGCAUUACAUAAACAAAAAAUAAAUAUAUCAAAAAAUAUUUACUAACUCCCAGGUAUAGCAAUCAAAUGCAAGGUAUCUCAAGUAAAACUUGUUCUGUCAUAUCUGCCAAAGAUCCGAUAGCCGUUGGGCUAAACAAGCACUCACGUGGUGACUAAUAAUAACAAGGCAACUUAAAUCCGAUGUACACUUCAACAACGUAAAGUUGUUGUUUAAGUAUUAUUAACAUGUUUUCGUUUAUUUAGGGUCACUUAUGGUCACACCAAACUGAAAUUUUGUACUAACUGAAAAACGUUUAUCAAGG